GCGGCGUCUUGGGCGCAGGGCGACGCGACUCCGGGCCGCGGGGAGUGUUUCGCAGCGGGGGAGACAGUGUCUACCCCUCAGAGCCCAGUAGAGCGAGAGCGGAAAGGGCUCGGGUCACGUAGCCGGACCAGAAAGUCCUGGACUAGGAGCCAGGCUUCUUAGUUCUGCUGGAAAUUAGCGCCCUCCCAUCUCCUCUGUGCACCUGUAGCCCUUCGGACUUGCUUCGUUCUUUUAGGAAAGACUGGGGACUCGCCCACUGCUGGGCCUUGGGGACAUCGAGGUGCUUUCGACACAGCCUCUGCCCACGAGGAACCUCAGCAACUAGUUGCGGGGCGGGGAGGGAAAAUACUUAAGAAGAAGAAGCAAAGGGGAGCCAUUAGCUUGGGAAAAUGGCAGAAGCAAUUUUCCGUGCCCCAAAGAGGAAGAGAAGAGUAUAUGAGCAUUAUGAAUCUCCAUUGCCGAUCCCUUUUGGUCAGGACCGUGUUCCCAAGAAAGAAUUCCAAGUGUACCGUGCCGAAAUGAUGGACAACAAUGUAAUUGUGCGGAAUGCAGAGGCCAUUGAGCAGCUGUAUGGGAAAGGUUAUUUUGGAAAAGGUAUUCUGUCAAGAAGCCGCCCAAACUUCACAAUUUCAGAUCCUAAGCUGGUUGCUAAAUGGAAAGAUUUGAGGACAAGCUUGCCCAUAAUCACUUCAAAGAAGUACCAGCGAAGCGUAGAAUGGGCUGCAGAGCUCCUGCGUAGGCAGGGGCAGGAAGAAAGUGCUGUGCACAGCAUCCUGCAGGAUUACACCAAGUCACUCGAGCACCCUUGUUUGCAAAGGUACAGAGGGACUCAUUUGCAGAGUGAGCUCAGCUCUGAAGUGGACCCCGACGUGGAAGGCCCGGCGGGUAGAGAGAAACUUUCUGCGAUGAAUGGAGACGCUGGAGAGUCAGAUGAUGUGGAGGACCUGAGCAACCCAUCUGCGUACCCGCAGGAUGGUUCCAGGCAGGACGCUCUAACUACAAAUGGCUCUGAUGAACUCACGGUAGAUGGAGCUGCGCCCCUGCCCCAUGUCCGGUGCAGCCACCAUGAUAACCUCAUUCUCCAACGUGGCUCUCAGCCGGAGGAUGACUGGCACGAAGGUCUCCUUUCUGCCAAAGAGAGGGGGACUGAUCAUGAGUACGUGCUUGUGGAAGAAGUGGUUAGUGAUGUGAGCAUGGGAAAGGAUACACCAAGCGAGGAAUCGGUGCAAUCAAAGAGGCUAACGUGCAGAAGAAAUCCGUACAGGAUCUUUGAGUAUUUGCAGCUCAGCCUGGAGGAGGCAUUUUUUCUUGUCUAUGCUCUGGGAUGUCUUAGCAUUUACUAUGAGCAGGAGCCUCUAACGAUAGUGAAGCUCUGGAAGGCUUUCACUGUAGUUCAGCCCUCAUUCAGGACCACGUACAUGGCCUACCAUUACUUUCGAAGCAAGGGCUGGGUACCCAAAGUGGGACUCAAGUAUGGAACAGACCUAUUGCUGUAUCGGAAAGGCCCUCCAUUUUACCAUGCAAGUUAUUCCGUUAUUAUCGAGUUACUUGACGACCGAUAUGAAGGAUCUCUUCGUAGACCUUUCAGUUGGAAGUCGCUGGCUGCCCUAAGCAGAGUUUCAGUCAAUGUCUCUAAGGAACUUAUGCUGUGCUAUUUAAUAAAACCGUCUACCAUGACUGACCAAGAAAUGGAGUCACCAGAAUGUAUGAAAAGAAUUAAAGUUCAGGAGGUAAUUGUAAGUCGUUGGGUUUCUUCACGAGAGAGAAGUGACCAGGAUGAACUUUAACGAUCCCACACGUCUCGUUUCACUGACAAAUAUUUAUUGAGCCUCCUACAGUAUUCCAAGUUCUGGGCUAGUUAAAAAGUCCUUUUAUUGUAACCGCCCAUUAUUAAAAAGUUUUAAAGGGCCUAGUGAAGAAAGGUGUUAGUGUUUUAAAAGAUAGAAUUGACACAGAGGAGAAGAACGACCCCUGGGCAGGACCUACGGUUCUGCGUCCCUGUUUGAGCCUACUGAGGCUCAAUCCAUCAAAUGAGGAGGCUGAAUGAGAUGAUUCCUGAGAGAACUCCUCCAGCCACAGAGGAAUUUCUGUUACUCUCUGGUUUUACUUGAAAAUGAUAAUAGUUUACAUUGAUACACAAAUUCUACUCUGUAGUUUACAAAGCACUUUGAUCCACAGGGUCCAUUUGCUACACACAUCUAGUUUGUUCCUGAAAGCAUGUUGUAGAGUAAAUUUAGGGAUUGAGAAUCCUAUAUUCUAUUAUUUCAAAUGGAAAAAAUAAUAAUAUAUUCCAGCUCACUCAAGAACUUCAUCCAGUUACUCAAACACUUAAAAAAUCUACUGGACGUCUGCCAAGGACAUCUGUGUCGUGUAAAGCAUCAACGACCUAAUUAUUUAACUCUUCCCGAACUCAUCGGUGGGCAUGUUUGUGUCAGUAUAAAUACACAGUAUCAGACAAAAACAACAGCUUACAUCACUGAACUUGUUGUAAAAGUAAGUGGUGAAAUAUGUUUGAAGAUACAUAACGAAUGCAGUUAACAUUUAAUAAAAUACAAUAAACAAAGCCUUUUUGUUGGUUACAUCCCAGUGAAGAGUUUCAGGAAGGGCGUUUGGUCGCAAGAGGAGGGAGGUGGGCAGAGGGGAUGUCUGUUGUUUGAUGGUGGGGAAGGGUACGCAUGAGUGAGCGAUUGAAGCAACAAAUGUCUGAGAUCAUCCGGUGUCCGAACUAAGGAAAGGUGGACAGUCUUCUCCUUGGAACUCAAGACUCCAGAAGUGGACAGCUAUGACCUGUCUUUGCAAACAGUACCAGUUGCUGUUGAGUCAAUUCCGACUCGUGGCAACUCCAUAUAUGUCAGAUUAUAGCUGUGUUCCGCAGGGUUUUCGGUAGCUGAUUUUUCAGAAGUAGAUUGCCAGGCCUUUCUUCCAAGAUGCCUUUGGGUAGACUUGAACCUCUAACCUUUUGGUUAGCAGCCAAGUAUGUUAACUGUUUAAACCACCCAGGGACUCCUGGCAAACAGUAGGAUUGAAAAAACCACAGCAGGCGUCCCUUGGCCUGUGGUCUUACAGCUCCUGACGUUAAGACUCAGCUUUUAUUGUGUUUUAACACAAUACUUCAGCUCAGGUCAUGAUCCUGGUGUCUUGCAACAAAGUCAGCGUGUCUGCACGAUCUAGAUUUGGCAUUCAGGUAACAGAGCUUCCUCCCCUGCCUCAGACCUGCAAUGACCACCAAUUUGAAAGAGUUUUUAGUAGUCACCUCUGUAUUUAGUAAGAGCAAAGGGAGAAUAGUAAGUUGUUUGCCCUUCAUUAGUGAUGCUGAUAGUUCAACAUCAUUACCGUCCAUGCUGCUUAAUCCAGGCUCCCUAGCAAAGAAAGAUUCACUGUCUCAAAACCUUGAAAGGAAAAAUCGCAGGAGCCAUUUCUUCCCUAUUUCAUUCAUCAUUUAUGGUGACACUUUUCUCAAGCCUGACCAGUACAUCAAAUACCUUCUUAAUAAAAAACUCUUCCAUAAAUCC